CCGUUUUUUUUUCUUCCAGGAACUGAAAUCUGGUACAAUUGUGAAGACAAUAGACUUGUCGCAGCGCAGUUUCUGGGUGUUUGGGCGACUGGAGCACUGUGACAUCCCUAUGUUACACCCCACUAUCUCCCGGUACCACGCAGUGCUGCAGUAUAGAGUUACUGGCAGCGACAAGUUGUGACCCAGGGUUCUACAUCCUAGACCCUUGAUAGUUCACUGGGCACAUUCGUUAACAAACAGAAGCUGCGGCCUCACAGCUACACUCGAGUCAAGGUAGGUUAUGUGCUGAAGUUGGGGUGUAGCACUAGGAAUGUUCAUCCUUCAAGGCCCAGAGGAGGAUGAAGAACCAGAAUCAGAUAUGUCAGUGACAGAGCUGAAACAGAAAUACCAGGAGAAGUUGACAGCUCUGGAAGCAGAACACAAACAGAAAUUGCUAGAAGAAGAGGAACGGAUCAAGAGGGAAGAGGAACGAGGAAUUGACUGGGGCAUGGGUGAGGAUGCGGAUGAAGAGACGGAUCUGACAGAGAAUCCAUAUGCUGUAACGCAGAAUGAAGAUCUGUACCUGGAAGAUCCUAAGAAGACACUGAGAGGUUGGUUCGAACGGGAGGGAGAGGAGUUGGUGUAUGAUGUGGAGGAAAAGGGUUUCGGUCACUUUGUCUGCCGCAUCGAGUAAGUGGCACCACAUCAGAAAU